AUGGAAGCUGCGUUGGGCGAAAAGGAUUUGACGCCGGCGGAGAAGAAAUGCAUUCUCAUCGAAGCCGAGAUCAAUGAGUGCGGCAUGGGCAAAUACCAAUGGCAAAUCUGGUUCCUCUGCGGCUUUGGGUACUUGAUCGAUCUCCUCUGGGCCCAGGCGUUUGGACUGGUCCUUGGACCCCUCGGACAGGAACUAGGCUUUCAGGGACCCGAAUCUGGGAAUAUCUCAGUCGCCUUCAGCUCCGGUCUCACCAUUGGCGCCUUCACUUGGGGAGUGCUGGUCGACAUCAUUGGUCGGAAAUGGGCCUUCAAUCUCACCUGCUUCUUCAGUGCUAUAUUCGGCCUCGCAUUGGGAGGUUGUAACACUUAUACCUCGUUUCUUGUCGUCACGGCAUGUGUCGGGUUUGGCGUCGGUGGCAACAUCCCCAUUGACACUACCAUCUGCCUCGAGUUCAUCCCCCAGAACAGACGCUUCCUCUUGGCGUUGCUGUCCAUAUUCCAGCCGAUUGGAGUCGUCAUUACCUGCGCAGUAGCUUAUGGGUUCAUUCCAAACUACUCCUGUGAGCCCGACUUCAGCCGAAGUGAUUAUCUGAAAGCAUGUAAUCUUGUCCCGGAAGGAGAGCCGUGCUGCCAACCAAAAGACAAUCGUGGGUGGAGAUACUUGAUGUUCACACUCGGAGGAAUAACACUCAUCGCUUUCUUCCUUCGCUUCGUGGUGUUCAACUUCAAGGAGUCGCCAAAGUUCCUGGUGCACCAAGGGAAAGAUGCCGAAGCGGUGAGGGUGCUCGAGCACAUUGCCCAGAUUAAUGGAAAAAAGUGUUCGGUUUCAAUCGAGGACUUCAAGGCAAUUGAAGAUGAACCAUCUGCCGACAAGGUGGACUUCAAUUGGCGGCAAAAGAGAGCAUGGGCCUCAAAGUUGUCUGUCGUGCGCGCGAAAUAUGGCCAGUUGUUCGCAUCCUGGCAGAUGGCUCGUCUGACGAUCUUGGUGUGGUUGACAUACGUCUGUGAUGCUUCGGGCUUCACUCUCGCAGGAACGUUCCUACCCGUCAUCCUCGCCAACAAGAAUGGUGCCAUCGACCUGCCACUCGAGUUCACCUACCGAAGCUACUUUGCCAUCUACACUCCCGGAAUCGUCGCCGUCGCUUUGGCCGCUACUUUGACCAAGUUUCCUCAAAUCGGACGAAGACUCACCAUGAUCAUCUCAUCAGCGUUGAUGGGCAUCUCAAUCAUCCUCUUCAGUCUUGCUAAUGAUCAAGCCUCGAACAUCGGCCUCAACGCCAUGGAGUACUUCUUCCAGAGCAUGUUCAAUGCAGUCCUGUAUGGCUGGACACCAGAGGUAUUCCCAACGACUGUUCGAGGAACUGCAAGUGGCGUUGCGAGUUUCUGGGGACGACUCUUCUCCAUCAUCACUCCAAUCAUCGCCAACUCGAUUUUACCGGCGGAGGGCCUCAAGAAUGAAGCGGCGGUGAAGAAGAUCUUGUACUUUGCCGGUGGAAUCACGAUGGGAUGUGUCGUCACAAUUGCGCUGAUGCCGCACAAGGCACUUCGGAAGCAGAUUGGCAAAUGA